ACAGUUUGGCAGACGUGCAGACUGUAGCCUGUUGCUGCAGAGACUUUCUAUUGAGCAUAAAACUAAACGAGAAAGCCUGCCCGUCAAGUAUGGAGAACUUCAGCUUGGUCAGAUGUAAUAGUCUGGAUGCAGGAUCUGGAAGUGACAAAGAGUUGAUGAGUCCUUACCCUGAAAUGGAGCCUACACCAGCAGAGUUGGCUCAAUGUGAAGCUGAAGUAGGCACGCUGCUCAGCAUCAUCGCUGAAGUGAACAAGAAGAUGGGGUCCCUGAAGGCACCAAGACCGCCCAGUCCUCUCUUUCCAGACCUACUUUCACACAGGUUGAUGAGACACGUCCCAGAGAAGAACACGUCUGGUUAUGUCACAUCAAAUCCUCCACUUCAAAGUCGAGGGGCCAGGGGUGUCAUAUGGACAGAACUCAAGGGGGCUCUGACUGCAGUGGAGGACUCCAUCAACUAUAGAAGGUCCUGGGCAGCCCCCAUUGCAUCCUCAGAUCGAGACAGACCCAAAGAGCAUCUGAGAGCAGCUAAGGACAGCUGGGCAAAGGCUGACAAGAUUUUGGAGGAGAUGGAAAAAGAAUUUGGGAUUUCUUGUCCUUCAGCUGUGACAAAAGAAACAUUUCAGGAGGAACUGGUGGAUCAUCCAGACUCCGCUCCCCAGCAGGGAGAAUUGCAGAGAUCAUACAGCGUCAGCAACGUGGAAGAUGAGAAGAACAAGGUUGGUCACCAGAGGAGCUGGAGGUCGGCCAUUUGCUCCCCUUCUUACAGAUCGUCGAGCACUGCUGGGGCCUCCUCUUCCUUUCCAUGUUCUCCUUUGCUACUCAGAAGAGCAGCCAGAGCAGGAGGAGCUUUUUCUCCAGGAAGUGACGGCUCUCCACUGAGCUUAGUUACCUCAUGCAGUCCUUGUCCAAGCCCCAUCGGUCUGCCGGAGACUGAGACAGAACGACUGAACAGGUAUAUUGAGAAACUGAGAGCCAGGAAUGAACGUCUCACUGUUGCUUUGGAGCGAAGGAGGGCAGAGUUUGAGCAGAUCAGCGUUACAUUCAAGAGGCUCGAGGCCGACUGUUCGGCCAUGCACCUGGCUCUCAGAUACUGUGAGGAGUGUGAAGAGGCAUACGGCGAGUUGCUGGCGCUUUACGAGGCUCAGAGGCAUCAGAGAGUUCCUGUGCAGACCCACGCAGCAGAGGCCGUCGAGGACACUCAGCAGCCCGACAGCCCACUAGUUAAACGCGGGGAAAUGGCAAGUGAGGAAUUGUCCACCUCCUUUACCACGGAGGCCACCAAGGAGAUGGAAACACAUACAACACAGAGGAUUACUGAAUUCAGUGAACGAAAGGUUGCGCUCCAUGAGCUAAUCGAGCGCCUGAAAAGGGACCGGGCGGCCAUUUGCCUCUCAAAGCCGCGUGCAGGAGUGGAGGUUAACUUGAACCCGGACGCUGGUUCCCCCGCUGGGCGGCAAGGGGGACACUUGAUUAAAGACAACAUCAAGCGAGAUAAGACGUCUGUGAUCCAUGCGAUCACCACGGCCAGGGAGGAGAUGUCAGACCUGCGUGCCCUCAUCCGUCUGAAGGAGAAAGAGUUGAGGUGUCUGGAAUGGAGUCUGGUGGCGCAAAAGACCCAAGAAGCAUCUGGAGCGUGUAUUCCAGAAAGUCUCCGAGAUGAGCUGGAAGACUGUAAGACGGAACAACAGAGGCUGUGUGACAAUGCUGCAAAACUAUGUAGCGAUGGUGACGUAACUGGGCUCAAGACCAGGCCCAUUUUAAAAGAGAUGCAGGCAGUCCUUCAGAGGGAGCAAGCCCUGAAGAAGAAACUGGCUUUAGUUUAUGACCCGACCCUCACAGACAGUGCCUCCAACAGGAGAGACAAUGAUGAGCAUGUUGCAAGGCUCACACAAGCUCACAGUAAGGCCCUGAGUUCUUACCGACACAUGCGCAGGAAGUACCGGGAGCAAAUGUGGAGGCUGGAGCAGAAGAUGGCAGCAAUGAUGGAGAGUCAGCACAUCCAGAGUGGAACAUCGAAGGCAUCUGGAGAAGAUUCAGAAUGGAGAAGGGAAGAGACUGUGCUAUGAUGCGUGCAUGGCUGUGUCUCCACGCAUGCACUUUACUUCCAUAUAUACACUUUACAUUUUGAGGCCUUAAAUGUCACACUGAGAAUGUUGCACAAAUGUUGCACUCAACACGCCCCGAAUGGUGAGUGUGCAGCAAAGGACCAAUAACACAAAAAAUGCCACACAGAACGCUGCUAUGUUCGUGUUAAAGGGUCAGAGUAAUUGAAUUACAAAAAAAAAUGCAGGUUUUUUUUUGGUCCGAUAUCUUCAGUGAUUUUCAGUUCUCACUCGAUCGGUUCGCAGCGGAGUGUGAAGCGACUGGGAUGAGAAUCAGCACCUCCAAGUCCGAGUCUAUGGUUCUCGCCCAAAAAAGGGUGGAGUACCAUCUCUGGGUUUGGGAGGAGACCCUGCCCCGAGUGGAGGAGUUCAAGCACCUCAGAGUCUUGUUCAGGAGUGAGGGAAGAGUGGAUUGUGAGAUCAACAGGCGAAUCGGUGCGGCAUCUUCAGUAAUGCAGACGCUGUAUCGAUCCGUUGUGGUGAAGAAGGAGCUGAGCCGAAAGGAAAAGCUCUCAAUUUACCGGUCGAUCUACGUUCCAAUCCUCACCUAUGGUCAUGAGCUUUGGGUUAUGACCGAAAGGGCAAGAUCACGGGUACAAGCGGCGGAAAUGAGUUUCCUCCGCCGGGUGGCGGGGCUCUCCCUUAGAGAUAGGGUGAGAAGCUCUGUCAUCCGGGAGGAGCUCAAAGUAAAGCCACUGCUGCUCCACAUCGAGGGAGCCAGGCGAGGUGGUUCGGGUCUGUGCUCAGGAUGCCACCCGAACGCCUCACUAGGGAGGUGUUUAGGGCAUGUCCGAUCGGUAAGAGGCCACGAGGAAGACCCAGGACACGUUGGGAAGACUAUGUCUCCCGGCUGGCCUGGGAACGCCUCGGGAUCCUCCAGCAGGAGCUGGACGAAAUGGCUGGGGAGAGGAAAGUCUGGGCUUCCCUGCUUAGGCUGCUUCCCCCGCGACCCGACCUCAGAUAAGCAGAGGAAGAUGGAUGGAUGGAUGAAUGAAUCUUUUCCUGCCUCAGCCUCAAUGUACUAGUUGUCUAUAUUUCGAUGGACAUGGGCUCUUGCUUGCAGCUUAUAAAUGUCUGCAUUGUCUGAAUUUGGUGCAGGUUAUCCGUUAUGCAAUCCUAAUGUCGAUGUGCUGGUGUAUGUCCCGGAUAUCUUAAGUGCACAACAAGAUGACGAGCUUGUUGGCUACUGCAGUCAGCUUAGGAUUCACGCUGGUAUUUUUGUCAUGGGUAAAAAGGCUGUGCAGUAACCAACAUACUGUGUGUGUACCGAAUGCCAGCUAGUGUCCUUGAACCUCCCUUCCUGACGCCAAAACAGCCACUCUGGACAAUGAGCUUACAGGUCUGGGCUUUUAGCUCGUUGUCUAACAAUGCUUAAUUCUCCUUUGGCCAUGGAGUCCAUGGUUGCAGUUCAAGCCCCAAGCUGGACUUAGAAGGUAGAAUCAAAAUUGUUACACCGGUGCCGUGCCCCGUUUGCCAGGUCGUAUGUAGUGAGAACAGCUCAGGGCAUUUUAGCUCACCCCCUAGUGCUGCUGCACUUAACUCCCAUUUAACAGUUAAAAAGUUAAAGUACCAAUGAUUGUCACACACACAAUUGGUGUGGCAAAAUUAUUUUCUGCAUUCGACUUAUCACCCGUGAUCACCCCCUGGGAGGUGAGGGGAGCAGUGGGCAGCAGCGGUGCAGCGCCCAGGAAUCAUUUUUGGUGAUUUAACCCCCAAUUCCAACCCUUGAUGCUGAGUGCCAGGCAGGGAGGUAAUGGGUCCCGUUUUUAUUUGCUGGGGACCUGGUUCCAGCCCUGAGCUGAACUGAGUUGGCACUCACAACUGUGCAUAAUGUAAAGCCAUUGUUGGGGAAAUUGCAUGACAAAACUGAACUAUUCCAUGAUGUCAAAAUGAAGCAGGUUAUUUUUAUAUUCUGCUUUAUUUGCCAGCAUAGAUUUCCCAAAAAGCUUGUAAAAAAUAGUAUUUCAUUGUUAUGCAUGGGCAUCGAGUAUUGAUGGGAACUGGGCCUUAUGUUUUGAUUCUCCCAGAAUCGUCCACAAUUGUAAACUUAAUUUCUAUUGUUGGUACCAACUCUUGUCUAUCUCCAUCUUCGAUCCUCCAUUUGGGCAAAUAAACCAGAUGUCUUAAGUAGUAUUAUCACUGGAAGAUGAGAACGAGACUAAACAUAUUCAAAUAUUUGUCCUUCAUACUGACAGCCAUCAGACUGUAUAAUGCAUGUGUUCUUUUUGACUGUACAAGAACUGUAAAUGUAUAAUGUAUUUAUAUUAUUCACAUGUGAAUAAUGCUGUAUAAUAGACUGUAUUUAUGUUAUUCACAUGUGAAUAAUGUUGUGUAAUAGACUGUAUUUAUGUUAUUCACAUUUGAAUAAUGCUGUAUAAUAGACUGUAUCUAUAUUAUUCACAUGUGAAUAAUACUGUAGAAUAGACUGUAUUUAUUUUAUUCACAUGUGAAUAAUGCUGUAUAAUGGACUGUAUUCAUAUCAUUCACAUGUAAAAAAUACCAAAGUGUUUAUUGUCUAUUGUGAGCUAACUGUGGGAUCAAUAAAGUACUUUCUAUUCUA